AUGCGGGGAAACGACAUCGACGGUCACCACUCGGAAGACUCCGAUGCAGACUACGAUGGACAUGCGACUCCAGAAGAAGAGUGUCGAAAACCGCUCCAAAAAGUGGCUUUGCAUAAAGGAUUCGAUACUGCGCCUGAAGAUUUUGAUAAAGAUGAUAAAAUUGACGAGGUUGAUGCUGUGACCGCAGAUACUGACUACGCAGGUGAAAAUGAUAUGGAGCCUCCUAUUGUAGCUGAUGCCCCAUCAUCCACCUCUGACGUACCCAUCGCUAAGGGUAUCAACCGUAACAGCAUCAAGCGGAGUUCCAUGAAAGGCAUUAAAGAAAUGUUCUCAAAGUCGAAGAAGUAUCGUAAGAACUCGAAGAACGACGAUGUUCCUGAGACUGCUGAAGAAACGACACCCGAAAACGGAAACGUCGAGGAAUUCACUGAAAGAAAGCGCCCAAAAUUUUUCAGUUUCAAGGCCAAGGACGUAGACGAUGGCGUCGGGACUCAACGCGGGUCAAAGAAGUCCAAGUAUUCCAUCAUCAGGAAGAAAAGAAUAAAGUCGUCUAGUUCUGCCUCGGUCGCGAAGACUCCCGACUCCGAUUUGAGGGAGAAUCUAGGGGUAGAGUCUAGGGACCCUCAGGGCAGCAGUGACUCCGAUCCCCUGAUUUCAGAGGACCCUGUCAUGACUCUGGAUUCUUUGGAGUUUGAAAACUUGCCGCUUUCGAAAGAGUUCAAGAAUGGAGAAUGUCUCACUUCGCCCGUAGCCUCAAACGAAUCCACCAUCAGCUCUGAUGAAGAACUGAGUUUUUACUCGAGAAAAUUCACCUCUACAAACUCAACAGAGAAACCAUGGGGUUCAGCAAAGAAUAAGUCCACAGACGACACUGCAGAGUCCUCUUCUGCCGAAAGGAGGAUAUCCAGGAACCAUAUGGGAUCAAAUUUUGUGUCAGAUUUCAACUCAGAAGAACAGAUACCGGAUGAAAAUAUUCUCGUCGACUCGCGUCUAUUGUCGAAUGAUUUAUUUGCAAAGGUCAAGUUCCCUAGAGCCUCUGAAGGUGCUGAUGACGCAACAGAAUUAACCAUCCCUCCUACAAAACCACCAAGGACCCUAGAAACUCCAGCUAAUUUUGAAAAUCUCCCCAAAAGCAAUAGUGAUUCUGAGACUCACUCGCCCAGCACGGGCAUUGAAAAUUCGAUGGAUUUUGACGUGAAUUCGAUUCAACCAAAACGAAGCGUCGUUCCCCAAAAAGACGUCAAUUGGAAGUCAAAGACCCUGAAUGAUACUGCUGCUAAUGACAACGCAUUAAAAAACGUUUCAACUGACUUUAAGACGCAAAAAUCAGUUACAACUGAUGGUUUUAACGGCAAUAACGCUACUGAGGCCCCGAAUAACACUCCCGAUGCCUCAAAUAACGCCCCCGAGGUCUCAAAUAACGCUCCCGAGGCCCCACAUAACGCUACCGAGGUCUCAAAUAACGCUCCCGAGGCCUCAAAUAACGCCCCCGAGGCCCCACAUAACGCUACCGAGGCCUCAAAUUACUCCACUAACGCAGCGUGUCGAUCGACCCGCUAA